GCAAUGCCAUCCCCGAUCCUGCUGCUUUGAACAGCUCGUAUUGCUGAUGGACAGCAACGUAAUAAAAGAUCUUACUGUUGGAAUAAAUAUACUGAUGAUUAUGAUGAUGAUGAGCCAAACUAAGGAGAGCUGAGCUACUAAAAAGGGGGAAAAAAUCUGUUAAGAUAGGUUAAAACUUUUUUCUGUUAAUACAGAAUUUCAGUGGGUCAAUUAGGAUUUCAAGGAAAUGAAACCUUUUUGAAAAAUGUUCAGCAGCAUCCAUGUUUAAUUAAGAACUGCAUGGAGGCCUUCCGAGACCAUAAAUGCCACUUCUGAUUUUUCUGCAUGUUCUAAAUAUUUUUUCCUAAAGCAAGUAAUACGUUGCUUAAGUUCUACCAAGAAAUGAGUGAAGAGAACACGUUGCAAAACCGUACAAAUCCGGUGGUUAUGACUGUGAAUGUAAAACAUGCGGCCAGAAAGACAAACAUCACGCAAAAUGCUGUAAUUUUUAUCUACAUAUUCAUUAUGAAAUACAGUCCAAUUAUUGAUGCAAAGGCCUUGCUCAAUUACAGUGAAACACAUUGUUCGUUUUCUUACUGUCCAAAACUAGAUUUGCAUACAAAACUUCUAUAAAUGGACAUUUUCAUCCAUGCUUUUUCUUAUUUUCUGCUGGUGUUCACUCAUUCACGUGAAGAAUUUGAAACUGCGGAAACUCUUCUGAAUUCAGAAGUACAUAUGCUUCUGGAGCAUCGGAAGCAACAGAAUGAAAGUGCAGAAGAUGAGCAGGAGCUCUCAGAAGUGUUCAUGAAAACUUUGAAUUACACAGCCCGCUUCAGCCGCUUCAAAAACCGUGAAACCAUUGCCAGUGUUCGCAGUUUGCUGCUCCAGAAAAAGCUCCAUAAAUUUGAAUUAGCAUGUUUGGCUAACCUGUGUCCUGAGACAGCUGAAGAAGCCAAAGCUUUGAUUCCUAGCCUGGAGGGCCGAUUUGAAGAUGAGGAGUUACAGCAGAUUCUCGACGAUAUUCAGACCAAACGCAGCUUCCAAUAUUAAGGCUAACGUUCAGCCCCUUUAUCUGAACAGAAAAGUCUGAGAACUUCGGUUGUUUCUUGGCCCGCUGGACCAAUCCAGCCACUCGCAGGCUGAGUAAGGGGAGUUGCGGAUGAAGAGUACUCCAGCUUGGUGUCAUACACAGAUGCGUUCAACCUGGAAAUCGGUUUAGUCCUUUUGCUUUGCUGCAUGUAUAAUAUUGGUAAAGACUCCUGUAUGGUGAGAACCAGAGAACCUGAAAUGUCCUUUCUCAGCGGCUCCUGUAUUUGUUUCUUCCACGUCCCUCUCCCUGAUUUGGGAAUCUUCAACAUGUUUCUGUUUUUUAGCAGAAGCGUAGAUGUGGCUUCUUUUUUUGUAAACUACUAAGAUAGAGAGGGAGAAAAUUCUUCUGACUGACGCUGUUGGAAGGCUUAGUGAUCGGAGAGUCAAGAUUAAUAUUUAUGGGUUUUUUUUAAUUGUUUGAGUGAGACAGUGGAUUUUCACCACUUCACUAAUUUUGUAUCAUUGUUUAGUAUAAAUUAAAAGAUGUUUCUAAUUAUG